AUGUCGGUUUCUCCCUCUCCUGCCAGUGCGGCUGCGGCCGGCAAGGGCCCGCUUCCGGCGGGGAGCAAGUCCAUCUCCUUCACCCGCUUUGCCCCAUGCCCGGACGAUGCGAACAUCGAUGUUCUGACGAUCUCCGGCCUCACUCUGGAUCAAGACCAGGUGGAGGCCGUCGUCGGGCAUCUGCGCUCGUCGUCCCCAGACCGCUCGGUCACCAUUUCCUUCCACUCGUGUCAGAUUCGCGGCACCAAGGCCCAUGCCUUCUUCACGCGCUUGGUCGAGGAGAUCCGCGAGCAUCGCAUUCACACCCUCAAUAUCCACACUCUGGAGCUUGAACGCAAUACAUUCGAUCCGCUGGGCUUCCGGUUCUUUGCCUCGAAUAUCAGCCACAUUGCCCCGGCCCUGGUCACUCUCUCGCUGCAUUUCAAUCGCUUGACGGACAGCUGCCUGUCGCAGCUCUCGCGUUAUGUGUUCGCCGCUGCGCGUGCCACCGUCCAGCACCUUUUCCUCAGUCAAAAUGAGAUUGGUGACUAUGGUGUGCAAGUGCUGGCAGCCUCGCUGGGUCCGCAUCUUCCCCUGCGCUCCCUCUCGCUGGCUGGCAAUGAGAUCACCGACAAGGGCUGUGUGGCCCUGGCGGCCGCCUGCAGGUCGCUUGGCCAACUCCAGCUCCUGGACUUGAGCACCAAUUCCAUCGAGGAGCAGGGCAUCGCCGCCUUGGCCAUGCUGCUGGAUGCCUCGCCCUCCCUUUCCUGCCUGCGUCUGGCUGGCAACGAUUGUCGGAAUCGGUCGGCCCUGCAGGGGCUUGUCGACGCGGCGACCAAGCACCGCGCCCGCGUCACCGAGCUGGACAUUUCCAACACCGGCCUCGAUGGGGAGGUGCAAAUCCCCGAAGGCACGGGCAACAUCCUUAGCAAGGGCAGCAAGCUCCAGGCUGCCGAGCCGGGCCCGACGUCCGAGCCGGCGACCCCGGGCCCGGGGCCCAUGUUUUCCGAGCUGUCCAUCAUGCGCGGGGCCGGAGCUCCGGGCCCGGGGAUGUCGGCUGCCGCGGCGGUGGCCACCCCGCCCCUGGGGCCACUUCCCUCUGAGCGGUUCCUUCGCCGGCGGACCAAGAGCCAGGCCGGCGCACGGAGCAUGUCCCGGGAGUUCCUUCGUCGGCUGACUAACGACGGGACAUUGGAGCCGCCACCGGGCCCCCCUGCCACGCCGGCCGCCUUGGCCACUGUCACCGGACCGGCUGGCUCGGCUGCCAGCCACCCGGCCGCCGCGCCAUCGCCCGUGCUCCCGGGGCUGAAGUCCGCCACCGAGCCGCUGGGCGAUCGCAUUAGCGUCGGCAUGCCGCUCUUUUCCACGGGGCUCCUGUCGAGCUCGGCUUCGGGGGCCGCUCCCGAGAGCCUGCUGGUCAUCGGUGGCGGUGGUGGAGGGAGCUUCUCCGGUGUGAAGAAUGGCAUCAUCUCCCUCGACGUGUCGGAGGCCGAGGCCGUGGCCAAUGGCGCGCGGUCCCACGUGAAAGCCGGCUUCCGGACGUCCACCGGCAGCCAGGUGGUCCAGUGCAUGGCGGUCAGCGAUGAAUGCCAGUUGGUGGCCUGCGGCCUGGAUGCCAUGCUCCAGCUUUACGCCUACUCGCCAAGCGGUAUGAAGAGCAUUGGCAUGGCUCUGGCCAAUCAGGAGGUCCACCAGAAGAACACCUCCGGCUAUUUGGUGUCCCUCUGGCUGUGCAACAACACCACCUCGCCCGACUACCAGGGCCACGACCCGGCCCUGCACCUGCUGGUUCGGCUGAGCCUGCCGGAGGCCGACGGGUCGGAGACAGCCGCCCCGCUGGAGAUCGACCAUCUGGCCUUUGCCGCGGUGCCGACCGCCUCGGGAGCCGGCCCCAAUGAUCCGGACUCGCCGCUGGGCCGGACAGCCGAGGAGCUGGUCCUGGUGGCGGUGACGCGGCACUUGCAGCUCUUUUGGCAUGUGCGGUCCUUCUUCCCGGAGGGCACGGACCCCGAGGCCCGGGCAUCUUGCCUGGCCCCCGUGGAGUCGGUGCAAAUCAGCUCGCUGAUCUUCCGCAUGGCCAUCCCGGCGCUGAAGCCCGGCCAGUCGACCAGCAGCCGGAUGUGGAUGCGCACGUGCAGCCUCAUCCCCGGGCCCUACCCGGACACGGUGGAUGUGCUGACCGCCUUCAACCGGGCCGACCGGAAGUUCAGCGAGCUGACCCUCUCACGGCUGUCCCUGCGCCGGCAGGUGUCCGCCCGGACCAUCUCCGUGGCCGGGCCGUCGCCGGAGAUCCGCGGCCUGGACCCGGAUGGUCACCCGACCCAGCAGCCGGCCCUGGCACCGGUCCUCCACCAGGAGGAUGUCGUCAUGAGCAUGGCCCCGGUCACUUCGUGCGCCAUCCGGUCGAAGCUCAUCUCGGCGGCCAGUGUGCCGCGCCUGCUGGCGGUCGAGUCACUGGCGGGUGGCGGCAUCCGCCGGGAGUACUACGCCGGGCUGGGCUUGAGCGACGGGUCGGUUAGCCUGGCCCGGCUGGUGGUCGAUGCUCCGGCCUGGCAGGCCUCCUUUGUCGAGCGUGGGUGGGUUGUCGGCCAGGCGUCCAUCGAGCUGGUGGCCUCGAAGCUGGGCCUGCACGACCUGCCCAUCAGCUCUGUGGCCAUGCGGCCUCGGGUCGUGGGGCUGGGGAAGAGUGCGCCGCCGGGGGCCGCCGGGGCCGCCGAGGCCGCCACCGCCGCCACCGCCGCGUCGCUGACCCUGGAGCGCUUCGAUGUGGCCCUCUUCACGGUGUCCCCGGACUCGACCCUCCGGCUGACCGAGCUGUCGGUCCCCGGGUACCGGGCAGAUCGGCGCCGGGCUGCCCUCCUGCGCGCGGCGCUCUACACUCUGGUGGGGCUGCUGGUGUUGGGGCUGGUGGUGGCACUGGUCCUGUUGGUGGCCGCCGAUCCCGAGGGCGUUGGGGCCCUGGUGGCGGCUGCGCGCUCGGCUCUCGGCUUGUCGGCUGGCACCGACAUCGCAGGGCCGGUCUCCCCGGUCCCCACCCCGGCCCUGGCCCAGCUGCCUGGCUUCGAUGCUGGCCAUCUCCACGCGGAGCUCUGA